AUGGCUUCACAGGGUGUCAACGUCCUCCGCUAUUCGGCUCUUGUGGCCGGUCUCGUCUACGGAGUCUACCACCAGUCGUCCCUCAACUCGGUUGCCAAGCGCGCUGAGGUCGAGCACGAGUACGCCCGCAAGGAGCGCCUGAUCGAGCAGGCUAAGGCCGAGUGGAAGAAGCGCACCCAGCCGCAGGAGACCCAGACACAAGCCACCGGCCUCAUCACCGACCCCGAGAACCCCAAAUUCGACCUCGAGGCAUUCUUGCAGGCCAAGGCUGAGUCAUCUUGA